AUGGCUCCUAUGCCUUGUCUAGUCAGCCUUGGCCUUGGGAAGACUGCCUUAGGCCAUGUCAUCGAGAAUGCUACCCUUGCCUUUGAAGGCCAACCUAACCAUAUAAACAGCUUCUACUAUGGUGACGAACACCUUGCUAAUGACGACUUUGCCAGUGGUGAUAUUAGCGGCAUUGCGCAUGCGGAGCGGUACUGGGAGCUUAGCCAGCCGUGGAUGGAUACCUUUGUUUCUGGUCAGGGAUACAAGGAAUUUCCUGAGGAUUAA